AUGCCUUACGCUGGACCUCUCCCAUCAUCAAAAAUUGUCUCUAUCCCUUCUGUUAAAGAUAUUUUAUCUACUUCACCUCAAUUAUCAACAUCUCCAAGACGAAAAUCAUCUCCUGAAAUAUAUUCAAGAAAAUUAUCUCUCAAAGUUGAUUUAUCAUCCACUCAACAACAAUUCAUAUCAGAAAUGUCCCCAUGUUUAUUAAGAAAAAAGAGUGGUGAAAUAAUAAAACCUUCACUUAAAAGGGGUAAAUCUGAACCAGUUACUCCAACUUUCUCUUGUUUUCCUAAAUAUGUUCGUUUUGAUUCAACAAACCUUGAACAAGUAAAAUUAUUUGAUGGAGCUAAAAGACCACAAGCUGUUAGUGCUGAAGCAUCAUCAGAUGAAGAUACAGAUAAUAGUGAUGAAUUUGAUUUUUCCAUUCCAACCUUACCACAAAUAACUACGGAACAUUGUUCAAAAUAUGUAUUUGUUGAAUCCAUCUUUUUAUCAACUGAUAAAAGAAAACUUCAAGGUCGUGUUCAUGUAAAAAAUAUCGCAUUUCAAAAAAUUGUUCGAAUUCGAUAUACUUUUGAUUUUUGGCAAACUGUAUCAGAAGUUACUGCGAAAUAUGCAACAACAUCGACAACAAAUGUUGAAGGAGGAACAACAAGUUCUCCACCUGCAAUUACAAAAAAUAUGACUAAAAAGUCAAAUAGAUAUGAUUUUAGUGUUUCACUAUCAGCAGCUAAGAAUUUAACUCCAACUACACCACUAACACCAGGAGAUGAUCCCAUUCAUCAAUAUUUUCCCACAAUUUCAUAUGGAAAUGAAAAUUAUAAUUCAUUCUUUCCUGGUAAUUAUAUUGAUGGUAUGCCGAGUACAACAGAAAUAUCAACUUCUUCAUGGGAUGACGUGAAAUCAUCAUCAAACCCAAUCGCUAUUCCUUCUACAAAAUCACCAAUUGGUUCAUCUGCUUAUUAUGAUUUAGUUAAUCAAUAUUGUUUUUAUCAAGGAUCCCCUUAUACCGCAGGUUCCCCAUAUGCUGGUUCCCCAUAUACCAGUUCCCCAUUUAGUUCUCAUUCGGUGUUGACAUAA